AUGGUGAAAUUGACUAAUGGUCAAUCCACCACUAGAAUCCAAGAGAUUAAAAAAAGACACAUCAAAAGCAUUACAAUGAAUCUUAAAAUGAACUUUGAUAAUAAUAAUACCUGGAAUGUGGAGAGUGAAAAUGUACCAAAUCAAUUAUACAUUGUAAAACAAGUGAAUAAUGAAAUAUGUUGUGCCAUGGUUUGCUCUGCAUGUAAGAUAUGUAUUCAUACAUUUGAAUGUUCAUGUUUAGAUUAUUCAAUUAAGUCUAUAAUUUGUAAACAUAUCCACUUUGUUGCCUUAAAUAUAAUUGAAUCAGAAAAUAAAUUACUUGAAGAUCUUACAAGUAAUUUGUUCACCACACAUCCUACACAAGAAACAGAUGCAGAUGUCACAGUGACUUAUUGGAGGCGGGUUGGUGUUGUCCGUUACCGUAUUCAAGACGUCUGCGAUGCGUCGUAG